CCAUUGCUGCGAGCCGUUCGAUGAUACGUUAUUCGCGCGUGAACAGAGAGUGGUCGGAGGGGCUGAUCCGCGUUUCAAUGAUAAACUUUUAAAACAACGACGAAGACUUUGUCACAGGAGAUAUGAGACGGACUAAAGCAGACGUAGAGCGCUAUAUUUCUACAGUUCAGAGCGCCUCGCCCUCCCAGAAAGCGAAGCCUGUCAAAGGAUUUCUGUUUGCUAAACUAUACUAUGAGGCCAAGGAGUAUGAACUGGCUAAAAGACAUGUUUCGGAGUAUCUAACCAUCCAGCCGAAAGAUCCUAAAGCCCACAAGUUCCUCGGGCAGCUGUUUGAGAAUGACGGCGAAACGGACAAGGCUGUGGGAUGUUAUAAGCGAUCACUGGAUCUAAAUCCGGCUCAGCACGAUCUGGUCCUGAAGGUGGCUGAGCUGCUGUGCGGUAAACCUGAUCAUGACAGCCGAGCCGAGUUCUGGGUGGAAAAAGCAGCCAGGCUUUUGCCGGGACAUCCCACCGUCUUCAAUCUGAGGGAGAAGCUUCUGAGCGCUCGAAGUGGCUCUAACCAGCUGUAUGAGUUGCUGCAUUCGGAGCUCAAGCUGCGGCCCGCAGACACCUACAUCAACUGCAAGCUGGUGCAGCUCUACAGCGCAGAGGGCCGACACGAGGACGCCGUCAAACACUGCCUCGCUGUGGAGAAGGCCGGUGUCCUGAGAGACUGUCUGGAGUGGUAUGAGCUGUUGGUCGACACCCUUAAGGAGUACGUCCGCCAGCCGAGCGUGUUCAACGAACAAGCAUCACGCAAGUUUCACAAAGAGCUGCUGCUGGCGCAUUGCAGGCGAAUGAGAUUGACGUUGGCACUGAAGGGUUGUGAGGAGAGCACCGCUGCACUCUGGAGUUUUGACUCUGCGAUGCAGGCUCUGAAGAACACGGCCACAAACACAGUGGACGAGCUGGCGGAGGUGUUCACGGAGAUGAGAGCACACCUGUACCUGUACGCCGGGACGCUGCUGCUGAAGAGGGCGCAGGACGGGGCGCAGCAGUGGAGGGCCGUGUUGGAUCUGGCCACUCUCUGUUAUCUCAUAUCCUAUCAGUCUCCAAGACCCAAAGCCAAGAGCUUCAAAGGUGAGCAGGUGUCCCAUGAGCCUCUGGAGCUGCUGGCCUGUGAUCGUCAGAGUCAGGCGGGUCACAUGCUGCUGAAUCUGAGCCGGGACGUGGAGCAGCUGCUGAAGGACGUGGUGGAGGCGUUCGGGAACCGAAGCAGCCCGGGCCAUCUGUUUGAUGAGCUGUUUGGCGCACAGAAGCAGAGACAGCUCUCCUUCAUCUGCAACGAUGACAUCCACAUCCUCAGCGCACAGGUGCCCAAAGCCAUGGAUCUGGCCAAGUGGGACAGCGGAGUGGUGCUGCUGCAUGCGGGCAAUCUGCAGCAACUGGCGUGGCUCGGCCUACAGUGGGCGCUCAUGGGUCAAAGCGUGAAUCUUCAGGACUGGGUCAAGCAGCUCUUUCCUCGCCUCACACUUGAGACCUCCAAACUGGACACCAAUGCACCUGAAUCCAUCUGCCUGCUGGACCUGGAGGUGUUCGUGUGUGGCGUGGUGUUCUGCAGUCAGACGCAGCUACAGGAGAGAGCGAAGAUGGCGUCCUGCUCUCAGCCACACGAGCCGCGCUGUCUGCCGCUGCACAUCAUGAAGCUGCUGUCGUCUGACAGGCAGAGAGAGUGGUGGGAUGCCGUCUACAGCCUGAUUCACAAGAGAGCGCCGCCCGGUACAUCUGCUAAACUGCGUCUGGUUGUUCAGCACGGUCUUAGCACACUUCGUGCCGGAGAGAAACACGGCCUUCAGCCGGCGCUGCUCAUACACUGGGCUAAACAUCUCACUGACGCAGCUGAGCGGGUAAACUCCUACUACGAUCAGAAGGACUAUGCUGGCCGCAGUGUGCACUACUGGAAGGUUGUGCUGCCCCUGCUGGAGAAGAUCCGACACAAACGCAGCAUCCCUGAACCCCUCCAGCCCUUGUUCAUGCACUUUCGGAGCAGAGACAUACAGCCUUCUCAGGUCCGAGUAUAUGAGGAAGAUGCUGACAUAAGCUUCGCCAUACUCCUUGACAUCGAGGGCAACACUGAGGAGGCCAUCGUGAAGCUGGAGAAACUCAACAGCAUGUCGUCUAAUUGGCAUCUGGCGAAGAUCUAUCAGAGGCUGUCAGAGGAGGCAGGAAACGGGCUUGAGGAAACUCAGGGCAGGUGCACCAACUUCCUCCAGAAGUUCAGGAAAUACUUGACCAAGAUUUAUCAGGCCAAUGCAGAGGAUGUGGAGAAGUUACCUGUAUCUAUGGAGGAGGUGAUGGAGUUGUUGAAUGAGGUUAACCAGCAGCUUGAGGAUAUUGGUGAGGUGGUUGAAGAUCAGGUGGACUAUCCUCUGACAUCCAGCCCCGGUCAGCCCGCUGAAGGCCAUGUUAAAUUCUCCACUCCAUCCCCAUCCAAGAGUGUCACGUCACCAUCCAAAAGAUCUGUGUUCUCCCCGAAAACACCACCUCACUGGGUGGAGGACCAGAAGUCAAUGCUGCAGAUGUUAUGUCAGCAGGUCGAGGCCUUGAAGAAUGAGGUUCAUGAUCUGCGCAAUAAUUCCUCAGAUGCCACAACAUCCUCAUAUAGGAUGUAUCGAGACAAUUAUACUGCAGAAGGACUUCAGGAAACAUUUCCUGCAGCGCAGACGUUCCAUGGUGUUCCUCUCACUGUUGCUACUACAGGUCCCUCUGUGUACUACAACCAGUCUCCAGCGUAUAAUUCACAGUAUCUCCUGCGCACCGCUGCAAAUGUCACUCCAACAAAGGGCCCAGUAUACGGGAUGAAUCGACUUCCUCCACAGCAGCAUAUGUAUGCCUACCAACAGUCAACACACACCCCACCUCUCCAGUCAACACCUGCAUGCAUGUAUCCUCAAGAGCAGGUCUUUGGUCCUCCCAUUCGCUUUGAGUCACCAGCUACAUCUAUACUUUCCCCAUACAGUGAAGAGUAUUACGGUCACAAUGUUCCUCAGCCUGCAGUCAAUCCAACAUUGCCAGAGCCUGGAUAUUUCACGAAGCAGUGUGCUGUUCCAUCCACACAGCCGUCCAGGAGCACUGAAAGCAAGUCUGUCGACCCCAAGAUGAGUUUUGGGUCACAGUUCACCAGUGAACCUGCUAAGGUUCCCAACUUUGGAGGAGUAGGUGCCACCCCAACAACAUCAGCAACAACUGCGUUCAAGUUUAACUCUAAUUUUAAGUCCAAUGAUGGUGAUUUCACCUUCUCCUCUGCUCAGGUGAAAAAUAGCGAAAGCCUCUUGGGACUUCUGACGUCAGAUAUUCCUCCCAAAGUGGAGGUGCCGUUAGAACCGAAACUUCAGAAUGAAGACCAGCCGCUUAGUCAGGGUGGAGUCUUUACUUUUGGGAGUAAAAAUGCUGCAGGAUUUUCAUUUACUGAUGGUGCUCAGAACAAAAUGAAUAUUUUUGGCAACACAGACCAAAGAUUUAGCUUUGCAAGUGGAACCAAACCACUAUUAGGAAAUCCAGAGGUUCGGGAAGAGAAAAGUGGAGAAAGUGACAAUGACAGCACCCAUGUGGAAGAGGAUGAGGAUGGGCCUCAUUUUGAGCCCAUUGUGCCUCUUCCUGAUAAGGUUGAUGUGAAAACUGGUGAGGAGGAGGAAGAAGAGAUGUUCUGCAAGAGAGCAAAACUCUUCCGAUUUGAUUCAGAGACGAAAGAAUGGAAAGAGAGGGGCAUUGGCAGUAUCAAAAUCUUGAAACACAAAACCUCUGGGAAAGUUCGUCUGUUGAUGAGGAGGGAGCAGGUUCUGAAAAUCUGCGCUAAUCACUAUAUCACUGCCGAUAUGGCCCUUAAACCAAAUGCUGGAUCUGACAAAUCCUGGGUGUGGUACGCUAUGGACUAUGCAGAUGAAAUGCCGAAGACUGAGCAGCUGGCCAUUCGUUUUAAAACGGCAGAUGAGGCGGCGCUGUUUAAAGUCAAAUUUGAGGAGGCUCAGAAGUUCCUCUCAGAAUCCCCACAAGGCCAACAGACUGAAAAGAAAAGCGAAACGCCACAGCCUCAGGUUUCAUCCAAAGAAGCAGAUCUCAAAACCCUGUUUUCCAAGAAGGAGGGUGAAUGGGACUGCGACGUGUGCUGUGUAAGAAACGCUCCAACAUCUGUGGCAUGUGUGGCCUGCAGCACUCCAGCUCCUUCUACAGCAAAGGUGAAACCUGUAGAGAAAAUCCAAAGCUCUGGCCCUGUGGCUCCUCCUGCCAAAUUGUUUUCUUUUGGACUUCCUGGAGAUACCUCUAAGAACACUGCCAGCACUGAUGUCAGCUCGAAGGGCUUCAUGUUUGGAUCUCAAACACCAGUAUCUUUUAAGUUCGGGUCAAAGGAUGCUGCGGUGACGUCUGCUGGCUUUGGAGCUCAGGCUGAGAAGAAAACAAUUCAAGCUGAUGCACCACAGCAAGAGAAAGUGUCAGCAGCUCCAGCAGUCCCAUUUGGCACUGGAUUUGGUACUCAGUUUGCUAAGAAGGAGGGUCAAUGGGACUGUGACACCUGCCUAGUGAGGAAUGAUGCAUCAGCAACUGAAUGCGUUUCUUGCAAAGCCCCCUGUAAAACAGGUGGGUUAGCGGCCAUGUUUGCUAAAAAAUCUGGACAGUGGGAUUGUGACACUUGCCUGGUAAGAAAUGAAGGUACAUCUAGCCAUUGUGUUUCAUGUCAGACAGCAAACCCAAAUAUGAAAAACAAGACCUCUGCUGCACCAUCAAAUUCCUCUUUUACCUUCAGUUUUGGUAGUUCUAGUAGUCAACCUGCUGCAACAGGAUUUAAAGCCAAUUUUAAUCCAGGCCCUGCUUUUCAGUUCGGCACAAGUAAGGAAAAAGCAUCCUCUGAAGGCUUUAAGUUUGCAUCCUCCACAACUGAGGCUGAAAAGUCAUCGAGCAGUUCCAGUUUUUCUUUUUCCAUGCCAGCACCAGUUGGCGGAUUUAAGUUUGGCAUUGCAGAAUCUGAGGCAAAACCAUCAGACAGACAGUCAGAAAGUGGAUCUGCAUCUGACCUCCUCAAAAAUAUUGCUGAGCUUCACAAAGAGAAAGAAAAAGAGGCAGCCCCGAGUUCCUCAGAUCAGCCUGUAGAGGCUGAUAGUCAGGAUAAUAACCCACUCUUUACUGGUAAGCCUGACACCUUUAGUUUCGCUGACUUGGCAAAGUCACAAGGUAAUUUUCAGUUUGGCCAGACAGAUCCCACAUUCAAAGGCUUUGCAGGGGCUGGCGAGCAGCUCUUUAAAGAGCUUCAUUCCAGCUCCAAGGCCGACACCUCUGGUGAUCAAGAAGAUGAAAUGUAUAAAACCGAGGAGAAUGACGAUAUUCAGUUUGAGCCUGUUGUUCAGAUGCCAGAGAAGGUUGACCUUGUGACAGGGGAAGAAGAUGAAAAAGUCUUGUAUUCACAGCGCAUCAAGCUCUUCAGAUUUGACCCGGAAACAAGCCAAUGGAAAGAAAGAGGAGUCGGCAACCUUAAACUGCUCAAGAAUAACCAGAACGGGAGACUGCGAAUUCUUAUGAGGAGAGAGCAGGUGUUGAAAGUGUGUGCUAAUCAUUGGAUCACAACCACAAUGAACUUGAAGCCCCUCUCUGGGUCGGAUCGAGCCUGGAUGUGGCUGGCCAGUGACUUCUCGGAUGGAGAUGCCAAAACGGAACAACUUGCCGCAAAAUUCAAAACACCAGAGCUUGCCGAAGAGUUCAAGCUGAAAUUCGAGGAGUGUCAGCGACUGCUUUUGGAUAUUCCUUUGCAGACCCCUCACAAGCUCAUGAACACUGGCAGAACGGCCCAGCUUAUACAGAAAGCUGAAGAAAUGAAAUCUGGUCUUAAGGACCUCAAAUCAUUCUUGACGUACCAGAACAAGGGUGACGAAAGUAGCGAUGCAGGUCACAGUACUUCUGCAGUUGUAGUCAAGCUUGACUCUGACAGCACCGUACCCACUUUAGAAUGGGAUAAUUACGAUUUGCGAGAGGAGGGGCAUGAGGACUAUGCCAGCUCCUCUGUGAGCGAUACACCUUCGCAGCCAGAUUCGGUAGCCAAAAAUUUAUUCCGCUUUGGCGAAUCGACCACAGGCUUCAGUUUCAGUUUUCAGCCUAUUCUCAGUCCCUCUAAGUCUCCAUCGAAGUUAAACCAGAGCCAGGCUUCUGUUGGCACAGAUGAUGAACAAGAAGCAUCGCAGGAGGAAGAGCGAGAUGGUCAGUACUUUGAGCCUGUUGUGCCGCUGCCAGAUCUCGUUGAGGUCUCAACAGGAGAGGAGAACGAGCAAGUCCUCUUCAGUCACCGGGCCAAAUUAUACCGCUACGAUAAAGAUCUUAGUCAGUGGAAGGAACGAGGUAUAGGAGACCUUAAAAUACUGCAACACUACGAGACGAAGCGUGUCAGACUUGUGAUGAGACGGGACCAGGUCCUCAAACUGUGCGCGAACCAUUGGAUCGCUUCCAACAUGAAGCUCGAGCCCAUGAAGGGAGCCGAGAAAGCGUGGAUCUGGAGUGCCUUUGAUUUUGCUGAAGGGCAGGGCAAGGUUGAACAGCUGGCUGUUCGAUUUAAACUGCAGGAAACUGCAAGUGCUUUCAAAGAUGUCUUCGAAGAGGCAAAGACUGCACAGGAAAAAGACACUCUGCUCACCCCGUUUUCUGCACGAGUACCUUCCUCCACCCAAGAGACGCUGUGUGGCAAGGCUGCGGUUGCUGUACUUGAGGAAACCACAAAAGAACGUACUGGACUCUCUGAGGAAAGCAGUCCUAAACCGGAUGGGACACCUGGGGCAAAGCUUGGCGCCCAAUGCACCAAGACUGUGGUCUCUCCUCCUAAGUUUGUCUUUGGAUCAGACUCUGUGCAGAAGAUCUUUGGAAGCCCUUCACCAUCAAAAGAAAAAUCUCCUGUUACGAUUUCCAACUCAAAUGAUGAGGAAACGGGUGCCUCAAGACUGAAAACCUCUGGACCAGCAGUGACCAGCCAGUCAUCAGCUGGGACUCCUUUCAGUAUACCAACAAGAAUUUCCUCUCCGUCAGAGCAGAAGAGCGCUCAGGACGUGUGUGAUGAUGAUGGUGAUGUUGAGCUAGUAUUUGAGCUUAAGCCAACAAGAGAGCAAGAAGUGCUGGCCACCAGACUGAUGCUUCCUCCUACUUUUUUCUGCUACAAAAACCGUCCAGGAUACGUCAGCGACGAUGACAACGAUGAUGAGGACUUUGAAAGCGCAGUGAGGAGUCUGAAGGGGAAACUGUAUGCAGAUGAAGCUGAUGGAGCAGAUGGAACAUCUGAUCAUGACUCGGAGGUCACUCUGGUAUGGGAGAAGCAGCCGACUGCAGAAGAGGAGCAAAGAGCCAGACGCCUCCUGCUGCCUCCCACCUACCUGUGCGGCGUCAGCAGCGACUCCGAAGCAGAGGCCGAGAAACUAGAAGACUUCAACACUGAGUUCCAGAAACUGCAGCAGGCACAGGUGAAGCUCAAGCCUUCCCAUGAUGCAGCAGCUGUUGACACGAGCGACGGCAGGACAGAAGAGCGUCAGAUAGACACACCGGCGGCUGACGGCAGCCGUCCCAUUGACCUCUCCACCAAGAAAAGCAGUGAGAGCGACUCCAGCACAGCCACAGCAGGUCUGCCUUUUGGAUUUGCUUCUGCUGGUGAAUUUUCAUUUGCAGACCUGGCAAAGGGUUCAGGUGAAUUUGCGUUUGGCACAAAAGAUGAUAACUUCACAUGGUCAGGCGCAGGAGCCACAGUCUUUGGAAGUGCAGUGACAAAAACCGAAGGAGAGAAAACACGCAAUGAAGCAGAAGAGGAGGGCAGUGAUGAUGAGACGCCCCAUAAUGAUGAGAUCCACUUUGAGCCGAUCGUGUCUCUGCCUGAGGUGGAGGUAAAGUCUGGUGAGGAGGACGAGGAGAUCUUGUUCAAAGAAAGGGCCAAACUGUACCGCUGGGACCGUGAGCUCAACCAGUGGAAGGAGCGCGGUGUGGGAGACAUCAAGAUCCUCUUCCACCCCGUGAAGAAGUGCUACCGCGUGCUGAUGAGACGCGAGCAGGUGCUGAAAGUCUGCGCCAACCACACCAUCAGCCAGAGCAUCGAGCUCAAGCCCAUGAACACCUCAGCUAAUGCGCUGGUGUGGACCGCCACCGACUACUCAGAGGGAGAUGGGAAAGUCGAGCAGCUGGCGGCCAGGUUCAAGACUCCAGAGCUGGCCGAGUCCUUCAGACGAGCGUUCACCAACUGUCAGAGCCGCAUGUCGCAGGCUGACGCCGCUCAGAUGUCCGUCGCUGAGGCGCUUUCACAAGAGUCCAACCCUGUGGUGUUCUUUGACAUCACCAUAGAUGACGAGGAUGUUGGAAGAGUCGUCAUGGAGCUCUUCGCUCACAUUGUGCCCAAAACAGCAGAGAACUUCCGGGCUCUGUGUACGGGAGAGAAGGGCUUCGGUUACCGCCAGUCCAUCUUCCACAGGAUCAUCACGGACUUCAUGUGUCAGGGUGGCGAUAUUAUAAACCAGGAUGGGACGGGAGGACAAUCCAUCUACGGAGCAAAGUUUGAGGAUGAGAGCUUCGAGGUGAGGCACACGGGGCCGGGGCUGCUGUCUAUGGCAAACCGCGGCAGAGACACCAACACCUCACAGUUCUUCAUCACCCUUAAGAAAGCAGAGCACUUGGACUUCAAGCACGUGGCGUUCGGAUUUGUCAAACAAGGCAUGGAUGUGGUGAGGAGAAUCGGAGAACUGGGCACUAAGACGGGGAAACCCACGAAAACCAUCACCAUCUCAAAAUGUGGACAGAUUUCGUGAGCUUUCCUACGAAAACUAUUGUUUAUCCUGUUUGAGAUAGUGUUCCGUGAACUGUUUUGUACUGAACUUGUAUAUGCAGAGUUUUUUUUUUUUUUUUUGUUUCGUUUUGUUUGUUGUUUUUUGUCCUGUUGGUGUGUUAAUAAAUCAGAUAGUUGACAAAAUUCAUGCUUUGCAUAAAAUAAAAUAAAAUAAAAAGAAAACACUUUAUUUUAAUACACAAUUUGUAAUGAGGUCCCACACAAACAUUGCCACGUUGUGUUUCAGUUUUUUGAACAUAAAAUAAACAUCUGGCAACUUGAGUUUCA